AUGGAGGCGGGUGAUGGAGGCGAUCCUUUGGAGUCUGUUCAGGGACCAGUGCUGUUUGAUAGGUUCAUCAGUCAUAUAAACAGUGAGAUUGAGUGCACUCUCAACAAGAUUCCAGAUGUCAGCAAGCUGAGUGGUGUGAUCAACAUUCCAGAGGGGCAGGAUAUCCUCCAGGGGCACCUGGACAGGCUGGAGAAGUGGGUCCACAAACUCCACUCCUCAUCUCUUUUCUUUGUCUUACAGGCAGAAAUUUUUCAGGACUUUGCUGUUCAGGAGGAAUCGGUGACGUUCCAGAUUAAUUUGUCUGUUCUUCUUGACUGCUUGACCAUUUUCGGUACCAGUUCUUCACCAGGAACAUCAACAGCCCUUAGGAUGUGUUAUCGUGGUUAUGGUUAUCCCUUGAUGCUGUUCUUGGAAGAAGGAGGAGUAGUGACAGUGUGCAAAAUUAACACUCAAGAGCCCAAUGAGUUAUUAGACUUUGAUUUCUGCAGUACAAAGGUUGUUAAUAAAAUUAUCCUGCAGUCAGAGGGGCUACGAGAAGCAUUUGCUGAACUGGAUAUGACGAGUGAAGUUCUGCAGAUUACCAUGUCACCAGAUAAACCCUACUUCAGGUUAUCCACUUUUGGAAACUCAGGAAGUGCGCAUCUGGACUACCCAAGGGACUCUGAUUUGAUGGAAGCAUUCCACUGUACCCAGACGCAGACAAACAGGUACAAGAUUUCUUUGCUUAAACCAUCUUCAAAAGCACUGGCUUUAUCUUGUAAAGUGUCCAUUCGAACAGAUGCUCGAGGAUUUCUUUCACUGCAAUAUAUGAUUAGGAAUGAAGAUGGACAGAUCUGUUUUGUGGAAUACUAUUGUUGCCCUGAUGAGGAUAUUACUGAAGCAGAACUGUAGGCGUAUGUUUUGGCAUCUGUAUUGUAUUUAUGGUUCUAUAAAAUACUAUAUUUUUUUAUAAAACUGAAUGAGAGCUGUA